AUGGACAAAGCCAAUUCUGAAUGGGCAAAGGAUAUUCCUUGUAAGAAUAUAACAAUAUAUGGCUUCUGCAAAUAUGAAAAUGAUGGCUGCAUUUUCAAUCAUGGCGCGAAGAAACAGGCGGUACCAAACGCUCCUGUUGCGAAGUUCAAUGCGAAAACGGCAUCAACAUUCACUCCACUCAAAUCGGUGACAUCUGAGUCAAGCCUUCAUCUAGGUUCUACUGAUAACUUGUCAGUAGGCCAUUCUCCGUUAGUAACGGAAGCUCAUACCGUUACUGCAGGGAGCCUGAAGGCAUCAGCAAAUACGCCAAGUUACAACCCAUAUGCUGCACACUUCACACCAAGUGCUUCGGCAGGAUCCGCAAAUUCGACAUCUUCCGGUAAUAACUUUAAUCCUUAUUCUACACCGGUACCACUAUCGGGCACUCCCGAGGUUUCAGCACAAGCGGCUUCCACAACAAGCUUUGUACAAAACACACCUGCUCAAUUUGCUCUCAAUACUAACAGAUCAGCAUAUAACUUUCCGACGAUAUAUCCCCCCAGUCAUUCCAUACUACAGUAUCAUCUCUAUGCUCCCGACCCACCUUUGCAUCUGAAAGUUCCUCUAAAGCCGAAUGAACGUACCCCUGAGUCUCUUUUCAUUCCUAAUAACCUUAGGGAGGAACUUCUUAAAAGAAAUCAGUCCUUGCUGCAGGUAUUUCCGGCUGGUGGUAAUCUUCCUGAAAUUGUGGGCGACUAUUUCGGUCUCGUACCUCUAGAGUUUCACAAUCGAGUAUCUCACAGGGAUAGUUAUCGGGGUCAUCAGAAUUCCAUUUACAAGGUCUUUUCGAAUUUUGAUGGUAAAAUUUACAUUAUGAGAAGAAUUCACGACGUGAAAGUUACAGAUCCUGUUCAAAUCUCCAAGCCGUAUCAAUUAUGGCAAAAUGUCUCCUGCUCAAACGUUGUGAAGUUAAAGGAUGCGUUCAUUACAGGAUCUUUUGGAGACUCUUCGUUAUGUGUUGUUCAUGAGUUUUUUCCGUUGUCAAGUUCCCUGUAUGAAGGUCAUUUUGUAAGCUUCAAUUUGUCCCCCAUUACUCAAGACGUACUUUGGUCAUACCUUGUUCAGCUGUGUAAUGCAAUUCAAGAAGUUCAUUCCAUUGGGUUAGCACUAAACAACUUGUGCCUGGACAAAGUUAUUAUAACCGGAAAUCCAGGUAGGAUAAAAGUUGGAGACUGUUGUGUCUUUGACAUUUUGCAUUUCCAGGAAGACUUGGACCUUGUUCAGCAACAGCAGCAAGAUUUCUUUGACUUGGGUACUGUUUUAUGCGAACUUGCAAUGAAAAUGACAGGUAGUGCGGACGAAAAUAUUGAAGCAUUGGCAAUUGAUGACGAUUUUAAAGACGUUUUACGGUACUUGUUAGACAAGAAGAACAUCAAAACACUCAAGGAAUUGAUGUCUCUCUUUUCGCAUAAGGUUCUAAGUUUGAUAAGCUCUUUUCAGACUUUUUCUGAAUACGCCGAAUCAAUCUUGGCAAAAGAAUUGGAAAACAGUCGUUUAUUCAGACUGAUGUGUAAAUUAAACUUCAUCUUCGGGAGAUUAGAGUCUCGAGUCGAUAUCAACUGGUCCGAAUCAGGAGAUAAGUUCCCAAUCAUUCUAUUCUAUGAUUACGUUUUUCACCAAGUUGAUGAGACUGGAAAGCCUAUAAUGGAUUUGACUCACGUUUUAAGAUGCUUGAAUAAGCUUGACGCCGGAGUAGCUGAAAAAAUAAUGUUGGUUACACCCGAUGAAAUGAAUUGUAUUAUUAUCUCCUACAAAGAACUAAAGGAUCUCAUAGAUUCUACAUUCAGGUCGAUGGUUCACUGA